AUGAGCUGGAUGGGAUCAAUCUUGAGGCAAAUUCGACUGGGCGAUUUGCGAAAUGUUCCAGCCGCUGACAACCUUCGAAGGCAUACCACCAGCCCAACCGGGCAUAAUGUUGCAUGCUUGAUCACUGACAGAACCCAUGCAGGCGGGGUCAGCAGAAUGGGAAAUGUGACUGCCCUAGCUGAUCUCUUUGUGUGCGCCGAUCCGGAAGAUCAUGGCACGAUGAGAUUUGCAAACUUCUCCAACCUGGUGUCCUAUGGAACAUCAGAUGAGGAUGGCAGCUACCCGGUAGGUCUGAAAGGAGUUGAUAGCACACUGGCAAAAUGGUGGCGUUUGCAGCGGUGUUGGAAGCGUGUACAAGACUUCGAGGAACACCACGGGUUCAGAUAUAGCUUCUACAUGAAAACGCAAACCGGCUGUGCAUUAUACCAUGCGUGCUAUCCAUGCCUGGGCACAUACCAGGCGGCACGCGACAAGUAUGGCGCCGAGUUGGACAAGGUCUUCUUUGCCAACAGUGACCACGUCUUUGGCGGCUCGCGUCCAGGAUUCGAACGGGCGGCGACGAUGAUGUCCAGGAUUGAGAGUGAUUACUUCCGCAAGACGCUGACCACGUACUAUCCGUUAGAUUGGGACUUGGUGCUGCGUUCAGACUGGCAUGGGCAGUUGCACUGGCCGGGCAUUGUCUUCCCACGUGACGUGCUAGAUCCUGAGCAUUGCUGCAGUCAGCAGGAUCUGCAGAAGAAGCUGGCGCAAUUGAAAGAGUUUGAUAAGAAUGGCACGCACGUGGAUGGCAAAGUGUGCAACUUGAAGGGGCAGUGUUCAAAGGGGCGGAAUGGUACGCAUGAGGGGCUCACCUCUUACAGGUUCGCUCCGGACAAAAUGCCGUUCCAUUCUGAGGUAUCUUUCCUCCUUGACAUGCUGCGAGGUGGAAUCGAGAUGCAUGAACUUGCCGGGUUAUCCGAGAACCUGACUCGUGCUGAGCACAAUCGCGUGGGUUUGCACCCAGGCCGAAGCCCGUCCGGACACAAAGUCGCAUGUAUAAUUUCUGGCAAAAUUCGAGGCAGCGACCGCAAAACUUUCGAUGACAAAGCCAAGGCUCAAAUGAAGGCGGUUACAGCAGGCGCAGAUCUCUUUAUAUGUGCUGACCAGGAGGACCGCAUUGAGGAGCAUUUUCGGAACUUUACCAACCUCGUGCGAUACAGGACGGCGGAGGAUGACGGUGGGUACAAGGCAGGUUGUCUAAGCAAGGAUCCCCUGAACAAG